CACAAGGUUACUCGUGGCCAAUCAUGUCCUUGGGAUUUCCUCUCAGCUUAUUCUCCUCCUCGUGCCACUGGGGAUAAAAAGCUCAUUUCACUGCUGCACGUUCGGAUAUUUCACCCUAAACCCCUCACGAUGCUGCAGCUGCUGACGUUCCUGGUGGAGAAGUUCUCUCUUCUCUCCAACUUCAAACUUUUUGAGUCCAGCUGGUUGGACGGUGAGUGUCCGGCGCAGCGCGGUCCACCGCCGCCGCUCCGGAGAGGAGACCUGCUGGAGGUUCCCAGAACCCUUUUCACUCACUUCGGCAUCUAUUUAGGUGACAACAAAGUAGCUCACCUGAUCCCUGACAUCCUCCCUGUGUUUACCAACAACAACAAGCUCAUCAGCUCUGUCAUCACAAACAAGAGACUCAUCAUCGGCUGCAUGUACAAGUGCGCCACGGUGCGCAUUGACACUUUGGAUGACUUUGCGUAUGGCUCCAGCGUACUGGUUAACCGCAUGGACAAGGUGAUGAAGACGCAUCCAUUAUCCAAUGAGGCUGUCGCCAAGAGAGCAGAGAAACUCCUCGGAGCAUUCCCGUACAGUCUGCUGUGGAAUAACUGUGAGCACUUUGUGACUUACUGCAGAUAUGGAACUGCAGCGAGUCGCCAAACAGAAAAGUUCUGUCAGUGUCUGAAAUCAAUCAUCAGAGACCAGCGCAGCGUCAUUGUUACGGGGCUGCUUGGAAUCGUCUCCAUGGUCUGCUUCGGAAUGGCCCUGUCAACUACAUUACCCACAAUUCUUAUCCCCUUCACUCUGUGGAUGGCCGGUUAA